AUGAGCUUACGAACGAUCAUAGUGACUGGGAAAACGCGAAGGAAACACGAAAAAUGGGAGGGGUUCGAUGGUUCUUCAACAAUCGGUAGCCUGGGCGUCGUCAGAGGCCGUCGUCGGCGUCUUGCUCGACCGGGGAAGAGAGGAGAGCGAAGGCUCACAGCGGCUAAUCCGGAAGCCCUAACCAACCGCGAAGAGGGAGAAGAGACGAAGGCAAUGAUGCCUUCUCUUUCUCGUCUGACGAUUUCAGACCCAUCGCACUCGAGUGGCGAGCUCUGGUGGUCGACUAGACCGAAGAAGGACGUGAGAAGCAAGGGCAAAGGAGGUCUCGGUCCUUGGGCUGGUCGCGAAGAUGAAGAGGCAUUUGGUCGACGGGAAGGAGGACAUUUGGCCUGCUGGAGGAAGGCAAGCGGAAACAGAAGCUCCAAUGGGGGGUUUUGGCAGUGGUGCACGAUAAAAGAAGAAGAACUAAGUUGCGGUGGUUCACGAAGAGACAGUAGUGGAUAUAACCAAAAAUACAUAUGUAUACCCUAUAACAAGAACAAAGUGUUCUUGUGUUCUUGGCUGAAAUCGUUGACCUGGCUUAAUGCUCAUCUUACAAAGAUCUGGCCCUAUGUUGAUGAGGCAGCAUCUGAGCUUAUAAUGGCUAAUUUGGAGCCAACUAUUGAACAAUACAGACCAAUGGUGUUGUCCUUUUUGUCAUUUUCCAAGUUUACCCUCGGCACGAUGGCCCCUAAGUAUACUGUGGCUAGGCUAAUUGAUAGAGUUUCAACUGUUGAAGAUGGAGGUGAAGGAAUAACCAUGCAGUUGGAAAUGAAUUGGGAUGGAAACCCUAGUAUAAUACUUGAUAUCAAGACUAGACUAGGAGUUGGAUUGCUUGUGCAGGUGAAGAAUAUUGCAUUCACCGGGGUUUUAGUAGAAUUGCUGCUCUUUGUUUUGCAAACAAAGGGCGUAAACUUUAUGAUAUAA